CAACCGCCGCAUCUCAUCUUGGCUGAUCUCUAAAAGCAAAACUCAGAGGAACGUGGGAAAUUGUCCAGUUGGAUCCAGGGCGAAAUUAGGUGGCAAAGACUUUCCUACUGUCCGAACGACAACCUGGAGAAGUGGGCAUAGCCAGCUGGGCAAGAGGCUACACCCCCUCCAAGGAGAGCCAAUGGGUGCAGAGAAAAGUAUUUGUUCCCGGCGCUUGCCAGCUCACCUUCACAUUGGAGGGGUGAUGGCAGUAGCACGUGCAGUCGAGUGGAUCUUUGCUUCCUACUUCCUCACUCACAUCAUGGUCACUUUAUUCUUCGAUUUGCAGAUAUUGCUGCCUGGAGUUUACCCUUCCACCCUGUCCGAUAUGUUGACGUGGUACACAACUACUUUCAAGGAUUCAUUAGUGGCAGGCCGAGAACCCUGGUUCAUGUCUUCCCUUUACUUUGAAACUUUUCCACAAUUGUUUUUCUUUCCCGUGGCUGCUUACGCCUUCUGGAAAGGGAACUGCAAGUGGAUCCGGACUCCUGUAAUUAUCUACGCAACGCACAUAAUCACAACGGUGGUUACCUACCUGGCUCACAUUCUGUUUACUGAUUUCUCCAACGGCAAAGUCCUGGGUCCACAGACCCUGCAGGAACGCCUGACCCUGUCUGCUUUCUACGCUCCUUUCUUAGCAAUUCCCCUUGUGAUGCUGCUUUUUGUAUUGUUCAGCUCUGGUUAUAAGCCAGUUGAAAAAAAGAAGAAGAAAUAAAACCUUUGGCCCUUCUCCUUUGGGAAGGAAAAUGUGCCAAUUUGAUCAAGGGCAGUGUGCGUGUUUCCUGAUAUUAUUAAACUGAUCUUCUUCUUCUUCUUUUUGGGCUAUAUCCGUUAUCGGACGUUGGCAAUCAUGUUGGCAAUCCUGUUUUUAUCAGCAGCCGCACAAAAAAGUGCUGCUGAGUUUUGUCCAAACCAGUCCCUU